CUAACAAAAUUGGAGAUGAAAUUUUCUUUCAGAGUUGAAUGCAACUAUCCCGGUAGGUCAAUAGCUUUCCACGUGGACUCUGGCUCAAACCAAGAAUAUUUUGCUACAUUGGUUGAAUAUGAGGAUGGGGAUGGUGAUCUUUCAAAGGUUGAAAUAAAGGAAGCACUUGAUUCAGGGUCAUGGGACAUCAUGCAACAAUCAUGGGGUGCAGUGUGGAAAAUUGACAAAGGCUCACCACUGAGAUCACCAUUUUCCAUCAGGCUAACCACCCUUGAGUCCGGCAAGACUAUUGUGGCCAAUAAUGUGAUCCCUGCUGGGUGGACUCCUGGUCAGACUUAUAGAUCAGUUGUGAAUUUUGAAACCUAAACAUGAAGUGUCCAUGAACAUUUUCUAUUUUCUAUCAUGGCUUUUAAUCUAAUGGUUGAAUUUACAAAAUUCA